AUGCCACCUUUUGUUGAAACUGAAGAAGAAAAGACACUAAGAUCAAGAGUUGUGUCUGUGGACCAAGACAAGCAACAUCCCGAUCCUAGACAUCCACUUUACCUUGGUACCUGGAAGCGAUCUAUUCCCUAUGUCGAUGAGGAUUUUGCUCGUGAUGAUAUGGAUGAACCUCACUUGAAGCGUAAACACACUAUUCUGCGUGAUUAUCCUGAAGUGGAAAAGUUAUAUGGUACAGAUAUUCGUACACUUUAUGUUACUGUUGCUAUUACAGUGGUACAACUAGGGAUAGCUUAUGUUUUCGGUAAGGUCUGGUCACCUUCAUGGUAUGUUUUUGCCUUGACCGCUUAUUUCAUUGGUGGCACACUCACUGGUAUGAUUGGUGUCAUUAUUCAUGAAGCGUGUCAUUGCUUGGUGUUUAAACAAAAGUGGGCUAAUCGAUACGCUGGUUUAUUGGCCAAUGUUGCAUUACCAGUACCUAUCGCGCAAUCCUUUCGACGAUACCAUAUUCAGCAUCAUUCAUGGCAAGGUGUAGAGGGCUUGGAUCCUGACUUGCCUUUGGAUUGGGAGAAAGAAUUGAUUCGCGGCCAUGCUGUCAGUAAGCUGUUAUGGAUCUUGAUCUAUCCUGUCAUGUAUGUUGUUCGUGGUGCUGUGAUGCAAAAAGAGAGAAAUUUGACACCUUCUAAAUGGGAAUUGAUCAAUAUCGCAUUUACUCUGACAACAGACACACUUGUUCAACGCUAUUGUGGCUGGACUGGCUUACUCUACUUGUUCUUUUCUCUCUGGUUUGGUUAUUCGCUUCAUCCUGGUGCAGCUCAUUUUGUUCAAGAGCAUUAUACGUUUGAUGAUGGUCAAGAAACUUAUUCAUACUAUGGUAUUUUGAAUAUUCCUUUUAUGAAUAUUGGUUAUCAUAAUGAACAUCAUGAUUUCCAAAAGAUUCCAUGGUCAAGAUUACCUGCUUUGCGUGCAUUGGGUGGUGAUUAUUAUAACAAGUUAGCUUAUCAUACAUCUUGGCUUAUGGUUCAUUGGCGAUUUAUUUUAGAACCUACUGUUGGUCCACAAUCAAGAGUGAUUCGAAACUAUGAUGAUUUCAAAAAGGGCCGCUCUCUCUUGGGCAAAAUGCGUCUAUUUGACUUGUCUCAAAAGAAGAGUUCAGAAUAG